UCAUGGAAAGAAGAAGACGGGACGGAAACUACGGGAGGUUCAUUUCCAGAAGAAGCUAGAUAAACAAACAAAAAGCACGACACUAUAAUACAUAUAUUUAAGCAUCUCAGGUGAUUUUGACCACGUUUUACGUAUAGAUAUGCAGACCACGAAUAAACCGAUCCACAGAAUAAGCUAGAGAAGGGCUAGCAUGCUGAGGGAAGUGGCAGGCUGCGCAGCUGAGGUGUUAGCUCGACAUGUUUAUUUUAGCGCUUGGGCGAAGGAGCGCGACAUGAUGGCAUAAACUGUUGCAGGGUUAGCAAAUAGCCACACAUUCCACCUAAAGGUAGUGAGAAACGGGUAACGCUUGCCUCGAGUUUCAGCCGGAACUGCACUCCGUUAUAAUCUCCACACCGUCACCAUGGCGUGGGCUCUCAAACUGCCUCUCACGGAUGAAGUGAUUGAGUCCGGACUGGUCCAGGACUUUGAUGCUAGUCUCUCCGGCAUUGGCCAGGAGCUUGGCGCGGGAGCGUACAGUAUGAGCGAUGUACUUGCCCUCCCCAUCUUCAAACAGGAGGAGUCCAACCUCCCAGCAGACGGUGACAACAAGAUCCUACCCUUUCAGUAUGUUCUGUGUGCACCUACCUCGCCAGCCGUUAAACUGCAUGAUGAAACACUCACCUACCUCAACCAAGGGCAAUCCUAUGAAAUUAGAAUGCUUGAUAAUCGGAAAAUUGGGGAACUUCCAGAAAUCACUGGCAAAAUGGUGAAGAGCAUAAUUCGUGUGGUGUUUCAUGACCGACGACUUCAGUACACAGAGCACCAGCAGCUGGAAGGCUGGCGCUGGAACAGGCCCGGAGAUCGUAUUCUCGACCUGGAUAUCCCGAUGUCAGUGGGAAUAAUUGACCCCAGGGCUAACCCCACUCAGCUUAACACGGUGGAAUUCCUUUGGGACCCAUCAAAAAGAACCUCAGUUUUUAUCCAGGUUCACUGCAUUAGCACAGAAUUCACCAUGCGCAAGCACGGCGGAGAAAAGGGCGUGCCUUUCCGCAUCCAGAUUGACACGUUUAAAGAGAAUGAGAAUGGAGAAUACACAGAACACCUUCACUCUGCCUCCUGCCAGGUCAAAGUCUUCAAGCCUAAAGGUGCAGACAGAAAGCAGAAGACAGACAGGGAGAAGAUGGAAAAGAGGACUCCACAGGAAAAGGAAAAAUACCAGCCCUCCUAUGAAACCACAAUCCUGACAGAGUGCUCUCCCUGGCCUGAGGUCACAUAUGUCAACAACUCCCCAUCUCCUGGCUUCAAUAGCACCCACAACAGCUUUCCAGUUGCUGAAGGAAACGGAUCACCAAACCACCAGCCUGAGCCUGUUGUUCAGGUGGCAGAUAAUUUGUUACCAACAGCAACACCACAGGAUGCACAACAGUGGCUUCAUAGAAACCGCUUCUCACCCUUCUGUCGUCUCUUCACCAACUUCUCAGGGGGAGACCUGUUGAAGCUGACCAGGGAGGAUGUUAUUCAGAUCUGUGGGCCAGCUGACGGUAUAAGACUCUUCAAUGCACUUAAAGGACGGGUGGUGCGUCCAAGGCUCACCAUCUAUGUUUGCCAGGAAUCUCAGCAGGCACGGGAACAGCAUCCGAAACAUGAAAAUGGAGAUGCUGCUGCCAGCACUUUCUUUGUAUAUCAUGCUAUUUACCUGGAGGAACUCACAGUUGCAGAACUGACAGAGAAAAUCGCUCAUCUCUUCAACAUCUCACCCAGACAGAUAAAUCAGAUCUUUAAACAGGGUCCUACCGGCAUCCAUGUACUGGUUAGUGAUGAGAUGAUUCAGAAUUUCCAAGAUGAAGUGUGUUUUGUUUUGGACACAAUGAAAGAUGACACGAAUGACGGCUACCACAUCAUCUUAAAGUGAAUCCUAGCCCGGAGAAUUGUUGAGUCCUGCUCUCUUCUUUUGUACCGAUCCAGUCCUCCCCUCUAGAGCAUCAUACUCCUUGCUGUUCCUUUAUGGAGCUGCGCCCAAAAAGGAACCUUAUGAAGCAGCUAGGAGGAAGAUGGGACUGAAGCACUUGCCCCUCUUUUAACUUCACCUUACUGUCUGACAUUUGAGGGAGUGACUCUGGUUCCACAGUGAAGUCUCACCCUGCCAUUUUGUUCCUUAAAUGGUUGCAUUUCCCUCUGUCCAUUACGUCUCAAGGAGGAGGUUAAUGGCACUACAGCUGCUGUCGUUUGUUACCUGACCAUCUGGUGUGCCAAAGCUCUUUGCGCUUCGAAUUCAGCUGUUUGUUGCCGCUUUACAAAAACAAAUGACGACAGUUAAGCUGACUGUACUUGACUUUCAGUCUGCAAUUCAGCAUGAUUCCUCUUCUUCAUGCUAGGUUGCCUUACCGAAUCCAAGCCAAUCUACAAGAAACACAACCACACAGUCAAAUCAGAGAGUACCGCAGCAGGUAUUAAAAUCAACAACUGGACAUUAAGGGAAACUGUUAGUAUUGAGCUGUCCUUCCACGCAUCCGAGGUUCCUUUGAAAGCUAAUAAUGUCUGCCUGUUUACUUCUGUGGAAAAAGGCUCCUAAACACUGUUAGAUUCUCCUAGUUUGUGUAGAAUGCUUACUGACACGCGUGAUUGUUACCUAAUCGUCUUACAAGAUGAUAAUCACUGUCUGUGUUAGUGAUCGCAGUGGUAACACCAGCAAAUUGUCUCCAUCUGCUUCCUGUAUCUAUGAGCUUAUUUAGCACACCAGCAUUUUAUGUUGUUGGUCGUUUUCCACCAUAAUUUUGAAAUAGAUCAUUGUUUUAAAAUGAUUUUAAAUGAUGAAUCAUGCAUUAUUUUGGCUUUUUUUUUUUUUUAAAUAACCUUUUUCACAUACUUCCAUCUCCUUCUCUUCCUAUUUGGAUGUUGCAAAUGCUAAUAAAUAAUAAAUCGUUGGGCAGGGCAGAGCUGCAUGUGAAAAAUAUGGUUAGUUUAUGUUCAGUAUGCUGUACAUGGAAUUGAUCGCUUAAUAUCCAUAUUUGCCCCUCAUUGGCAUUAUUAAAAUACUUAACCUUGUA